UUCAGAUUCGCAGAGGCGCACGCGCAGGAGUACACAGCGGGUACCGACAGAGGAACCUCAGACAAAUGAUGAAAACAUGUGGACCAUCCAAAGAAAACACAGUCAUCAGGAAAAAUCCCGACCUUGUGAUCACGUGUUACCCUCCAGGAAGUCGUGAUGCUGCACUGGCAUCUCUCGGACAAAGGUCUCAGAACGCCACCAGAAAGAGAGAGGUUACAGUCCCGCUGUUGGACCACGGUUCACCUGCUGUGCCAUCGACGAUGAACUCAGUGGAUCCGAUAACGAACUCCCAACAUGCUCCAGGUGUUCAGGCAGAGGCCAGUACAGCUGCUGCAGCUGCUGCUGCUGUAGCAGCUGCUGCGCGGCUUAUCAAGACUCAAUCAGACAUGGAGGCUAGAAUUUCUCGGCUGGCAGACAGUGUACAGAUGUUGCUGGAUGCUGACAGGGAGGUCAGGCCCAAAGGGCAGAGCCUGUGCCAGCAGACUCUGCAACACGUGGAGAUGCUCCACAGCCAUCAUUUGCAGAGUCAGAGCGAGCUUCAAGAGUCAGGCCUUAGCACAGUGACACGCCACGUCCCUGCAACUGUUAGGAUCUGUUGCCCAGCAGUGAUCUCUGACCCUCCAGCUUCAGAAAGUGGAUUCUACAAACAGCAAUACAGCUCCUCAACAGCUAGAGCUGCAACCGUGGUCCCCACUCCAGUUGCCAUGGCAACACCCCACUGUGACCAAAGGCCAGAACAUACCAGGGAUGACUGGCACCAGCAAACGGCCCCAAGUGUGUCCAUGCUAAUGCAUCCAGCUAAAGGAAGUAGCUUGCAGACGUCAGCCAGUCAUACACAAGCUACAGUGAAGAAUGCUAGUGAGAAAUUAAGGAAGAUGAGAUGUCUCGUGACUGAGAUGAAGAUGCUGUUGGAGGCAGAAGAUGAGCAGAAAACCACCCAGCCACCUGCAACAACAGAUUCCCAGAUUCAGCAAACACACAAUCAACAAACCAACUCCCAACAUAUUACAUCCAAACAAUCUGAAUUCCAAUACACCCAGUCCCUGUCCCAAAAUGCACAUCCCCAACAAAGUCAGCCACAGCAAAGCCAUUCUGUGUCCCACCAACCUGAACCUCAGUCCAGAAUAAUGCAAUUCCAGCCACACCCAUGCCCCUAUCAACAAUCAGAAACUCAGCAAAAUCACUCCCAGUCCCAGCAAACACAGCCCCAAUAUCCCCAGGACAAUAAGAUUAAGUCCAAACAUGCACAGUCCAAGUCCCAAUUGUCCCAAGAGUCCCACUCCCUGCUGCCCAAGAGAACGCCAGUGAGUGCAUUGGAGAAGGCUCGCAUGACUCUGCGUUCAGUUCAGAGACGACGCAAGAUUCUAGAUGAAAACCUGGAGGCUGUAGAGAGGGCCAGGAAUGGAGCCCUCUUUCACUACCAACUGGACGCAAUGGCUGCUAACAGAGAUGUAAGUGAGGAAGUUCGGAUCAAGAAAAUGGUGGACGUGUGGAUCAAGAACAUAACCAAAGAAAUCCAGGUUGAGAGGGAUUUAGAGAACACCACCAAAUCCAAACCCAAACCUGCAUAUGCAGCAACAAAGAGUAGAAUUACUGCAUUGGGAUGGCAGCAUGGGCCUGAUGGGCGCAACAAAGAAACGCCAGGAAAGGAUUCAAGAACAGUCAGAAGUAAAGUGACUGCAGUAAGAGGAAGGAGGGAACUGACAGCCAAACAUGGAAGACAAGCAGCUGGACACAGAUUUUUGAGAGAGUCUGAGGCUGAGAAGGAGAUGCCAGCGGUGAGAGGGAGGGAGCUGGCUGACUUGGACCGUGAAUUAUUCUUGAAACGUCUGUAUGGCAGGGCGCCACAUGAAGGCCAGAGACGGACACUGAAGAAGAGUCCUUAUCUUUGCUUUAGACCGCCAGCCUCACCGUGCACCAAAGCACCUCCUCCAUGCCUGGUACAGAUCCUCCGAGGAGUGAACACGAAGUCCUGUAAAACUCAGACCAGCUGGGCUCCAUCCACUUCACCCAAAUGCAAACCUGUUCAGUCACUGCCUGAACAUUCUCAGCCUCACCACCUCCUCAGGUCCUCCCAUGGGACAUCCAAGGACUUCAACAACCUCCCAGGGACUGAUGCAAUGACCUGUUCUUUUCCUGUUCCGACCCCACUGGGCCCUCCUGUCGUGACUUCCUCUCCUAGGUUUCUUCUCACUGAGCAUCCACAAGAAGUGACCUCACUCCCCACAGUCCCUCCAUCAUCAAAAAUGGCUCCCACUGAGGUUGGACCAACUAACCUUCAGAAACAGAGGGCAGAGGAGCUGGACAGAGGGGAAGCCGCGCCUCCUCUUCCAACUCACAUGGUCAAAAUCGCAGAGGUGAAGAGUGAGGAAGAAGAUGAAGAUCUCAUCCUCCCUGGAUCUGACUUCAUCUUUGCUAGUAAUGCUGAUGUCAUCCAGGAGGAUGUCAGUAAUGUGGAUGCAGAACUUGUGGAAUUGGAUGGUUGUCCUUCUCCUCCUCCUGUUGCAUACCAGGGACCUGUCUUCCCUCCUCAGGCCAAAUCUGCACUUCCAGCAGAGGAACAGGUUCCCAUCCUGGACCUCACACAGCACAGGGACACCCUGGAGAACCAGCUAGUAGAAUGGGUGGAACAGCAGGUGAUGUACAGGAUCAUCUCAGACAUGUACCGCCCCCUUCCCACUGACCCAGUGGGGAACGGCGGUACCAACCAAUCAGAACCAGAAGAGCAAAGUGUUGCCUCCGAUAUUGAUGAGGCAGCAGGAGGUGGGGGUCCUCAGCUGUCUGGAGAUGUUGGCAUGUCUGUAGACUCAGCAACACUCAGGCAGCUGGUUAAUGAGGUCCUGGCAGAAAUCAUUUCCACAAUGAUGCAACCAAAAAAAGCUUCUGAAAAAACACCAGAGUCCAAACUGGGACUAUCAGAACGAGCAUAUCAUGAGGAAACUCUGGUUCCCACACCAGUGCCAACCCCUCCCUCCAGUCCUUGCCUGCCCAUCCGAGACACCACACAGAUAGCCACACCCUCUCCAUCAGAUACACUCAGCCUGCUGAGCGAGGAAUCUUGUCAUCCAACCCCAGAGUCAGAAAAAGUGGCCACGCCCACUUCCAGCCCAGAACCUGUCCACAGUCCAGCUAGAAUUCCCACGGGUAUUCAUCCAGCCCCACCCCCUCUGCCCUGGGAAGAUGCUGAGCUUCCAUUAGCUGAGGAGAGACCAGAAGACAACCUGAAUACACACACUCAGCCAAUUGUGAUGUCAGUCGCAGAGGAAGAGCCUCCUCUUUCUUCUCCUCUGUCCACCAUCCCUCCACCUCAGACACAAUCCUCCCCUCCUCCUCCACAAUCACAGUUUGAGGCGAGCUCACCUUCUGCUGUCAGCUCUACAGAUGACAGCAGCAGCAGCAGCGUCAGCAUUACAGUGACGCAGAGGACGGACACAGCAAACAAACACAUCUCUGAGGGUGAACUGCUGAUCAGUGGAGACCUGAUGGCAGCCACGGGAGGGUUGCUGGAUGUCUUCUGUUUCUCCAACACUCUGCAGGACAUGGACUGUGAUGAUCUCAGUGAAGGGCAGGUCAAUGGACAUAACCCCCAACUGACCCUUCAAGGCAAACGGGUACAAAUACUCAGCCCCAGACACAGACAUGCAAGUGCACAGCCUGAGGGUUCCUGGGGGGAGGAGGGGGAAGUGAGAAAAGACUACAGUCCUUCACAUACCAGGAACACAGCAAAAUUUUGGGGCCAAGAUUCUUCACCUGGACAGAUCACAGAGGCCAGUUUUGGAAAUCGACAGUCAGGACUCUGAUACCAACAGUUGACCUGGUGACGGAGCCAGCAGGGGUGGACCUCCUGACCUCUCCUGCAUCACUGGUGCACAAAAUAUACACAACACACACUCACACAGUCAUGAACAGAAAUUGAUUUUGUGUGUCCAUGUCCAGCUUGUCCCCCUUAUGGUUAGACAGUACAGCGGACAAGCAGGUAGGACAGAGAGUUUUUUUGAAGUUGUGUAUCUCCACUAAAUUUCCUUUUCUGAACCCUAAAUUUUUGGUGUUCAUCAGUGAGUCAAGAAAGGCAACGUGGUUGGCAAAUGGUCAGUGCACUUGAUUCCAAAACAGAAGGUUCCCGGUUCAACACCACCUGUGCCUGUUCUCCGUGUAAUGUGGAGUUGCACCAGGAAGGGCAUCCAGUAUAAAACUUGUGCCAAAUCAACAGGCAGAUCCAUAUCAGAUGCUGUGUGGCAAGACAGAGCAAAAACGGGAGGAGCCAAAAGAUUUACAGUCAGUGGAAAUGUCCAAACAUUACAAUAAAAAAAAAACAAAAUGUUCUACCUGUAUCCUUAAAUAAAAGAUAAUCAUUUUGAAAAUAUACAAAGAACUCAUGUUUGUAGAAAUGACUUGAGUUGCAUUAAUGUUUCUUUAAUGUCAUUUAAAAAAGUUUAUAUAAAGUUUUCACAUUUUUUGUUGGAAAUGUAUAGAUAUUUCAAAUUUAAAUUUUGUUGUUAACCCACUGGGCAGUACAGUGGCUUUGUGGUUAGCACUGCUGCCUCACAGUGGGAAGGUCAUGGGAUUGAUUCCCCCCUGUGGCCUUUCUGUGUGGAGUUUGCGUGUU